GAGCUAUCCUUGCCGCAGAUGCCCGACCUGUAGAGCUGCCCAAGGCAAGAUAGCGCAAAGAUAAAACAUAAAGGAGAAGAAUAAAGGCGGUGGUGCCGGUGUCGGGGAGGAUUGCUGACAUUAACGGCACCGCAGCCGGGACUGUAAACACAACACGAGCCGAGGAGACGCCAGCCCUGCGCGAACCAAGCGGGCCCGCAGCACCAUGGCCCAUUCUCCUCUCCAGGGACACCUGCCGGGGAUGCAGAACACCAAGGCCGACCCGGAGGAGCUGUUCACCAAGCUGGAGCGCAUCGGCAGGGGCUCGUUCGGCGAGGUGUUCAAAGGCAUCGACAAUCGCACCCAGAAAGUGGUGGCCAUCAAGGUCAUCGACCUGGAGGAGGCGGAGGACGACAUCGAGGACAUCCAGCAGGAGAUCACCGUGCUGAGCCAGUGCGACAGCCCCUUCGUCACCAAGUACUACGGCUCGUACCUCAAGGACUCAAAGCUAUGGAUCAUCAUGGAGUAUUUAGGAGGAGGCUCGGCGUUGGAUUUGAUGGAGCCCGGGUCCCUGGACGAGACCCAGAUCGCCACCAUCCUGAGGGAGAUCCUCAAGGGCCUGGAGUACCUGCACUCUGAGAAGAAGAUCCACCGCGAUAUCAAAGCCGCCAACGUGCUGCUGUCCGAGCAGGGAGAGGUGAAGCUGGCGGACUUCGGCGUGGCGGGGCAGCUCACCGACACCCAGAUCAAGCGCAACACCUUCGUCGGCACGCCCUUCUGGAUGGCGCCCGAGGUCAUCAAACAGUCGGCGUACGACUCCAAGGCCGACAUCUGGUCGCUGGGCAUCACGGCCAUCGAGCUGACCAAAGGCGAGCCGCCCCACUCGGAGCUCCACCCCAUGAAGGUGUUGUUCCUCAUCCCAAAGAACAGCCCGCCCACGCUGGAGGGCAGCUACAGCAAGCCGCUCAAGGAGUUCAUCGAGGCCUGCCUCAACAAAGAGCCCAGCUUCAGGCCGACCGCCAAAGAGCUGCUGAAGCACAAGCUGAUUGUGCGUCACGCGAAAAAGACCUCCUACCUGACGGAGCUGGUGGACAAGUUCAAGAGGUGGAAGGCGGAGCAGUCGAGAACCGCGGAGUCCAGUUCGGAUGAGUCCGACUCAGAGCAGGACGGCCAGGCGUCCGGCGGCACCGACUUUGGGAGCGACGACUGGAUCUUCACCAUCCGAGAGAAGGACCCCAAGAAGCUGCAGAACGGGGGGGGGCAGUCGGGGGCCGCAGACCAGACGGAAGACAUUCCAAAGAGGCCUUAUUCACAGAGCCUGGCCACAGUCAUCUCUCCGGCAUUAUCUGAGCUGAAGGCGAGGCAGGAGCAGGUGAACGGGAACCCCAUGGUGCUGGAUGAGCUGCGGGAGGCCAUCCUGCUGGCGGAGGAGGCGUACCCCGGCAUCUCCGACUCCCUGGUGGCUCACAUGGUCCACCGGCUGCAGAGUUACUCCACGAGCAGGACGUCCUCCUCCUCCUCCUCCUCCCCCUUGUCACCGGCUCUUUGCCCCGGCCCCCCAACAGCACAGCCAGGACAGAGGGGCCACCACGUUUGACCCCCCCGUGUGUGUGCAUGGGGGCAAAGCCACUCUGUAAAGAAAAAUAAUAAUAAUUACUGAACUCUAAAGCGGAACCCUGGAGAGCUUCUUUCAGCCUCUGGGGGGGAGGGAGCGGCACGAGACUCAAAAGUCCGAGGAGUGAAACGGACUCUGUGUUUCGCCGGACCGCGCCAGUCGAGUCUUCGCACGGAAUCGGCUCAACGAGGCGCCGGGGAACCCACCCCCCCACAACGAAAUCCAAGACUUCAUUGGCCCCUCUUAAUGCAGGCGUCAUAUCCCCAGAACCUCUGAAAAGCAUGCUUGAUGAACCUGCAGGGAUAUUAUCUCAGUGUGUGUGUAUGAGAGAGAGAGAGAUAGUGUGUGUGUGUAUAUAUAUAUAUAUAUGUAAGACUCCCUGUUAAGGCAAAUUUUGCAGCAUUCUUAAUGAAACCUCAGGUAAAGCGCUUUAAGUGGACUUCGAGGCAGUUUGGGGGGGGGGGGGGGUCGCCAUGCUGUACAUGAUUUCAAGUCGUCAGGGGGGGGGAUGGAAACACUGUACAAAAUAGUCUCGUGCAUUUUGUAGAUUAUUGCCGAUGUUUAAAAGUAGAUCUAAAAACAAAAAUACAAAAUAAACACAGAACGAAACAGGAAAUGCCUUUUUUGAGCCGCACACACACAUCCGGCAUUUCACCGCGGGGGUCCCCGUCCCCUCGAUCGGUGUUCGUCACGUGAUCGAGUUCCAAGCUUCCAUUUUUAACCGGCGGACGAAGCUGUGUGUGACGGCGGGGGGGGGCGGGGCGCCGGCCUGCUGUGCGUUCAAGGGAGUCCGUUUUGUUUUAGCACAGAGGAGCCCGGGCCGUUCGCCGGUAUCGAGUAUUAAUUUCAGCGUAUUGCUUGUUUUAUUUCUGCGUGGAGGCGAGGGAGUGGCCGAGCCGUCGGGAAGUGCCAUGUCACCACAUGUUUGUAGUAUGAUUUGCACCUUCUUUUUGUUGUAUUAUUUUUGUAUCGUCAGAUCAGUAUUUGGGGGGUUUGCACUUUGAAAGUGUGUCGACUAUUUCAAGAAGCCUGGAAGAGGAAGAAGGAAGAAAAAAAAAAACUUAAAAAAAGUUGCUAAUAGCCAUGUUUUACUAUAUAUAUAUAUAUAUAUGUUUACUUAAGAGUUCCAGAAUUUACUACUGUGCUAAUGCAGCAAUAAUGUUGAGUUGCAUCAAGACGCGCCAGUCAACACAGGGAUCGAAGAAAUAGCUGAUAUUUUUAUAACUGCAGAGAUGGAAAUAUGGAAUGCGUUAUGGAUCCGGGCUCCUCCCUCCAGAUAGAAGGAAAAAAACUACCUUACAGAAAAACGUGCUCUGGAAAUAAGUCCAACAUGUGUACAUUUGGUCUCCUCUAUCAUCGCUGACAGUUUAUAGUACUGUGUAUACUCUUUGCUUGUGUCCUUGGAGCAGUCCCAAGUUAAAUGUGAGCUUUCAAAGUGACAUGAGAAAUAAAGAUCUACUGCGAACUGAGAA